AUGGCUGUGACUGGACAGGCACAGCAGCCAUGGCGCUCCGGCAUGACACCUUGCAAUGAGGUGAGACGCCAGGCUUCUGACUGCUCCGAGUUUGAGGUGAAGGAAGCCUCUGGGGUAGAUGAAGUCUGGGGUGCGUCGCAGCUGCUCACAGCCCGCGAUUCGGAAGACAUGACCUCGAUUCCUGCAGAUGACAGUGAUGCGGGCGACGCCAAUCCGUUCUUGGGUCUGGGGCUGAUGCGGGCAUAUUCUGCGCUGUCUGCGGAUGCCCCACUGACAGCCAUCGCUACAAGUGACGAAGGUGUCAUCGGCAUGGCCCAAGUGAAGAAAGAUGGCUACGUGCAGAACCUGGUUGUCAAACCGAGUAGCCGACGCAAGGGAGUGGCGUCUCAAAUAAUUUGCUGGUGUGCCACGCAGUCAAGACGACGUGGGGCAACGCAAUUAUGGAUGCACGUUGAGCCGGGCAAUGAACCGGCACUGAAUUUCUACCGACGGCUUGGUUUCGAGGUUGGCGAGGAAGAGAUCUACAAAGAGCGACGGGCAGUGCGACUGACGAAGCAUCUCUGA